GGCUGGCUGGCUGGCAGGCAGGGUGCGUCGCAGGGGAACCACUGGUGGCAGCAGCUGGUGGCUGCCCUCCUUCCAGGGCUGGAAGGGGAAGAAGGACUCUUGCUGCGGAACCCCUCCUAGCCCCGCCGGCUCUCCGGACAGCACCUCAGGCAUGAGAAAACUGGACCGGCAGACUUCUUUGACCAAAGGCAACUGAUACCAGAAUGUUCUCCAAUGUGCUACUGCAAAGCUUUAAAGCUCACCAUUGAGCGAGCCAUUUGGACCACUCAUGCAAAUGGCUCAUACUUUCCCCCUUCCCCCUUCCACCCAGACCGAAAGGAGUAGGAAGACUUUUGUGGAGAAGCAUCUUCAUCGUUCCACCAACCAGCUCUAAGAGUGUCCAGUUGGGUCUGGUCAGAUUCAUGCUUCGCAGCACCAACCGGACCCACCAAAAGGUCCUUCUGCCAGGCAGCCUGGCCAGGAUCCUUGGCCCUCCUUGGCCCUUCAGACAGCUUCAGUGUUGAUGACCAGCUCACUGCUCUAGUUGUAUGCCUGAAGUGCCGGCCUUUGGACUUGAGUUGUGGGACAUUGAGGAGAAGAAGAUGCUGGACCUCAGUUUUCUGACUGAGGAAGAGUACGGCAAGCUGCUGAAAGUGCUGCAGAGGGAUGCAGAGCUCAAGAAAAAGGACAGUGAUCGGAUCAGGCGGUUGCAGGGUUCGCUGAAGGAUGAAAAAAAGAAGAAGUUUGUGACAGGCGAAUGGUUCCACGAAGCGAAGGCCCAGCGUUUCCGAGAAGAUUUGGAAGGCUCCGAUCUCCUGCGAGCUUCAAUUAGGAAAAAAAACAGCAAUUCUGACGGUACAGAUAAUGAACUCAUCCCCCAAAACGCCGAAAGUGGACAGGCGGUGUUGCCAACAGAUGUAGCUGUUUUGUCUUCGUCUUUCUCAGAAGAAGGAAG